AUGAUACCAUCCGACGAUGAGGAGGUCGACUACUCGGAGAUGCAUAUGGCUUCCAACCGGAAGGGCAGAAAAGCGGGCGGAUGGCAGAUGAUGGGCUUCGAUCAAACUGUGUACAAGGGCAUCGAGAAGAAGGGCUACAUGCAGCCGACCCCCAUCCAGCGCAAGACUAUCCCGACCAUUCUUGACGGCAGGGAUGUGGUUGCGAUGUCUAGGACCGGCUCUGGCAAGACAGCCGCCUUUGUGAUCCCGAUGUUGCAGAAGCUGAAGCGGCGCGACCCAGUCGGCGUCCGAGCGCUGUUGAUAGCUCCCGCUCGAGAAUUGGCGAUGCAGACGUUUAAAGUCAUCAAAGAACUCGGCCGCUUCACUGGGCUGCGAUGCGCGGUUCUGGUUGGCGGCGACAGUAUCGAGGAUCAAUUUGCCGUCAUCCACGAGAAUCCAGACAUCAUCGUCGCCACGCCCGGCCGCUUGAUGCAUGUCAUUGUGGAGAUGAACUUGCGGCUUUCCCACAUCGAAUACGUGGUCUUCGACGAAGCCGAUCGACUCUUUGAGAUGGGAUUCGAGCAGCAAUUAAUUGAAACGAUGAAGCGUAUCCCCGAAUCACGGCAAACUCUCCUUUUCUCGGCGACCCUCCCGAAGAUGCUGGUCGAUUUCGCAAAGGCUGGAUUGAGUCAUCCUGUGCUGAUUCGCUUGGAUGUCGACGAGAAGAUCUCCGACAAGUUGUCGAUGGUUUUCUGCACGUGCCGUGCUGACGAGAAGCUCGCUGCGCUUGUAUGGCUGUGCCGGAAAGCGGAAGUUGAGGACAAGCAGACCGUUGUGUUUUGUGCGACGAUGAAGCAUGUCGAAUAUGUGGUCGGGAUACUGAAUCGCGCUGGUAUCGAUGUCGCCUUCCUUUACAGUCAGCUGGACGCUACGGCCAGGAAGAUGAACAUCGCUAGUUUCCGCGAAAAGAAGACAAAGAUUCUCGUCGUUACGGACGUCGCAGCUCGUGGAGUUGACAUCCCACUUUUGGAUAUGGCGAUUAAUCUGCACUUCCCGGCCAAGGCCAAGCUCUUCGUGCAUCGUGUUGGGCGUGUAGCUCGAGCUGGUCGUACAGGAACGGCAAUAUCCUUGGUGGCGCCCGACGAGAUUCCGUACUUGUGCGAUUUGUUCCUCUUCUUUGGAAAACCGAUGAAGUUUGCGGGUGCUAACGAUGCUUAUGAUGAAAAUGUCACUUUGAUCGGCCGUGUCCCCCCAUCAAUCGUCAGCCUGGAGAGUGACUUUCUUACGGCAAUUCACGAUAAUAACGAGGAUAUGAAAGACCUCCGCCACAAGGCGACAAAUGCAAUGUGCAAAUUUACGAAAACCAGACCACCACCUUCCGCAGAAAGUGCGCGGCGGACUAAAGACGAGCUACGUGCCAAAAUUCUGGAAAGCUCCGUGCACCCGUUUUUGAAGGUCAAAGGUGAUGCCGAAAAUCAGUCGAUCCUGAAUCAGCUCUCCAAUUACAAGAGUCGCGCGACAAUUUUCGAGCUGCAGCGUUCCGAAAAGAAGGAAGGCGCAAAAGUAAUGCGAGACAAGAGGCUGGCCCAUCAGGGACACAUUGAGGAAGUCAGCACUCUGAAGGCGCGCGAACAGGCGAAAAUCACCGAGGCGCAGAGGCCCGUGUCCGACAUAGCACCCGAGCUGGCAGACGAUGAUCUUUUGACGGCAACGUUCGGGGCCGUCAUCACCCCAGCUGGCCCUCAAGAAAAGCCCAAGCCGAAGAAAAACCGCGAAGAGGAGCGUCGCCGGGAAAAACAGGAGCAUUUCAUCUCGUAUCUACCCUCCGAUCACCACGCCGAGCAACAGCUCAGCGUUGACAAGCGUGAUUUCGCUCGCGAGGCUGCCAACGCGGUUGUCGAAAUCUGUGGUGACGACGAUCGGGCGCUCCGGCAGCCACAGGGCAACCAGAAACGAUGGGACCGCAAAUUGAAGCGCUACGUGGGAGCGAGCGGAGAAGAGCCCGGGGCCAAGAAGGUCAGAACCGAGGACGGUACAUGGGUGCCGGCCACCUUCAAGUCGGGCCGCUACGAGCGAUGGAAGCAGAAUAGCAAGAUCGGCUAUAAGAAGGACGACGAGGAAGGGGAUGCAGAAAUGGCCCGCGAUGACGAUAACCCGAAUGACGUGCGAAAGUUCAACCCGAAGCCGAAACGCUAUGGAAAACAAGCCACAGCCCCAGGCGGACCACCGUCCGAGCUGAAAUCCAAAGAUCAAAUCCUGAAGGCCCGUGUGAAGAAGGAGCGCCUCGAGUCGUACCAGCAAUACCGUCAAAAGGAAAACUUCAAGCGGAAAGUCACCAGCUUCAAGAAGAAUGCCCAGAAGAAGCGAAAG